UUGGUUUGCAGGAGCAGGUAGCACCAUGUGCUAGAAUGCUGAAGAACUGGACACAGAUAAUCAAUGACAAUUCCUGGAUUAUACUGCUGUGUAGACAAGACGAGUAGAAAUAUUACAAAACAAAUAUUUGAGUGUGAUUUGUCAAGCUGUAUCUGUUCUGUUAGAAAGCGGGACCGGUAGAGAAGUGCCUGCCUGAAUAGCUGCUGAUACGUUCUCGUGAAUAAGGAACACGCACAUGGCUUAACUGAUUGUGGACUACCAUUAAGAUUCAGCCCAAUUGGAAAUAUCUCAAGAUUUCCCCAGUACCAGAGUGAGGCAUUUGUCCGAAUCUUACAUGGACGCCUACCAGAGAUGACAGCCAACUACUGAUACACGGAACCAUCCCCUCUCGGACCGCACACCCUGAUGGGUGAAGGUACCCUAUGAUGAUUGUGGACAACCUCUGUGUGUGGAUUAGUGUCCUCAGCUCCAUCCUAGUGUAUGGAGUUUCAGGAUGCGGGGUAAAAGGCAACGUCGUAGAGAUCAAGCUGGUGGAAGUGCAAAGGACAGCAGAGGAAAUGGCCAACAUCCCUGAUGAACAGAGGCUGAUGAACCACAUCAUGAGGGGCUAUGAGAAGUCAGUGAGGCCAGUCCGGAAUGCAACAACCCCAGUCAUUAUCAGAAUGGGAUUAACGCUAACACAAAUAUUUGAUAUGGAUGAGAAGAAUCAGGUUCUCGUUACAAACGUGUGGUUAGAUCAGGAAUGGGUGGACGAAUUCCUCACCUGGAAUCCACCGAUGUUCAACAACAUCACUAUGCUGAGGAUACCGUGCCACAAACUAUGGCUGCCAGAUAUCGUACUUUACAACAAUGCUGCAGAAUAUACUGACGGACUUAUGCCAGCCAACGCUAUGGUAUCUUCGGAUGGUAACGUGUUUUGGCCUGUCCCAACCAAACUCCAGAGUUCCUGCAAGGUCGAUGUCACCUAUUUUCCUUUCGACAUACAGCGAUGUCGUUUAAAGUUUGGCUCUUGGACAUAUGAUGGCUAUCAAGUAGACAUCACAAACCGGACAACAGAGGUCGACUUAAGCAACUACGUCGUCAACGGAGAGUGGGAACUUAUACGCAUAAGAAUUGUCCGCAACGUUGUGCGGUAUGCUUGCUGCGACGAGCCUUUCCCUGACGUGACAUUCUACGUCACAAUUCGACGUCGCACGUUGUACUACAUGUACAACGUGGUGUUCCCGUGUGUGAUGAUGUCGGCGCUGACACUGCUCGUGUUUUGUCUUCCACCUGACUCGGGUGAGAAAAUAGCACUAGGAAUUACUGUGCUGUUGGCGUUCUCAGUCUUCAUGUUAGCAGUUGCAGAAAAUCUUCCUGAAACCUCCGAAUUUGUUCCUCUGAUAAGCAUCUACCUGACGAUAGUGAUGUCGCUAACAUCUGUUUCCGUCAUCAUGACGGUAUUUGUGUUGAACCUCCAUCACCGAGGCCCAGACAAAAGGGCAAUUCCAGGCUGGCUGCGUAAGAUCUUUCUUGGGAGCUAUCGUCAUCCUAGUAUAUUCCUUUCCAACAACGACAGGUGCUUUCUUAACCAUUGCUCGUCCAAUGAGGGCAAUUUCAUGAGAAACUUGUCUCUGAAACUAACCUUGGAAAACAUUGCCCAAGAGCUGAAAGAUGAACUCAGUUUAGACAAUGGUGUGGGCGAGCCGCUGCCAAAUGACACGCAUAGUCAGAAUACCUCCCAGGAUAGAAGGGACAGGGCUUACCCUACAUUGUCAGGUGUAUCGGGUGAACAUAGUCAUGGACAUUCCAAGCAGUCCAACUCCAGAGGAAAGUUUACCAAGUCUUACGAGGACAUUUUGUUUUCUUUAACUCGUAUUCUGGACAAACAUGAGAAAGAAGAAAAAGAUUAUGAGGUGAUGCAGGACUGGCGUCGCUUGGCCCAGACUGUGGACAGAAUUCUGUUCUGUAUAUUCCUUGGUGGGACUGUAAUUUCAACCUUAGCUAUCCUUGUUAUUGCACCGGCUACACAGCCUGUGUAAUAUAAAUCUCAUUAUCAAUUCAACUGUUAUAGUGUGACGCUUUCAAUAGACCUGUUACAAAUGAUUCAUUAACAUCACGAUCGGGCAUAACAUGUCACUUUCAAUAGCAAAUAUUAUCUUUUUCCCCCCUUAUUUUGGAGGAAUUAUGUCAAGGAACUUCUAUAAGGGUGUUGUUCUAUAGGAUCUGAAAUUGUCACUACGUUCAAGAUUUUGUUCAAUUAUGAAGAUACUUCUUAGUGGUGUGCCUUUGACGAAUUCUGUCUCCGAUUGUUUAACCGGUUUAUCGUCUGUAAUGUGUUUCAUUUUAUUCAGAUCGAGAGCAUGCGUCCGUAUAUAACAAUGCCAUCACACCACAAUGUCAAGGUGGUGCGGUUAUUAUCUUUGUGUGACAAUUCAAUUUCAAUGUCAACAGCUAUAUUUUCUGCAGAGCUUAAUUGUUCUCAAUGGAGACAACGAUAAUCAUUUCUCGUGUAUCUUCCGUCGUGUCGGGUACCUGUUUGUUUGUGUCACGGAGGCGUCAUGCGACUCUUGCUGAAACGUUAAAUGAGGGUUACAUUAUUUAUGGCCUCAGAAAACCUUUUGAAAGGUUCCAUGUAAGCAAGUGAUGGGCAUUCCAAAUUAAUGCAGGAGUUCCCGAAGAGAUGAUCGAUGCAAUCCGUUUUUUCACUUUCCCUAUGUUCCCAUCGUUGUUCAGAUGAACACUUGACUGCAUGUGUUUGCUGCAGGUACCACUGACGAGAAAGGGCACACUCACCUUUCCCAUGACAAGUAUCAUCACAAUUGUAUAGCAAUCACACGAGCAUUGCCGUGAUAUUGUCGGAUGGCACAAAGUUUUCUGCGUUCGGCAGAUGUUUUGUAUGAUUAUGACAAGAGCUUUUGUUUCCAUAUUACUGAACGAUAUACAGUUGUCACGAAUGUUCCUGUACGCUGCGGUGAACAGCAGGCUAUUUUAAAUCAAGGAUCUAAUCAUUUCCUUCCAGACAGACGGGUUAUCUUCAGAAUGUCACAACUUGUGUAUGAAAGGACAUUUUGUUGUCAUGUGGCUCCUUAAAUUGACGGAACUAUUCUAUUUACUUUUCGUGUGCUUUGUAUUUGAAUGCAUGAAUUACACAUAUUAUAACAGUUCAGAGGAGGGAGCAGUCCAAGCUGCAUAUAGAUAAUAAUCAUAUAUGCACCAAGUUUAAACAUAUUGAAUAUAUUCCACAUGUCCCAUGAAAUACAGAAAUUCAGGAAUUGAAACAAAAUAUUUAAAAAAUGUUUAUCGACAACAAUAAAGUAUUUAUUUAGCGGUUUUCAUUUACAUUAUGAACGAAAAUGAUCACUGUGAUACCAUUUAGCCUCUUUAAAUCAUUUUAUCACGUUUCAGGCGAGCGACAUCUUCAGGAAUCUGAAAAGGGACACGUAUUAAAGUUUCAAAGUUUCAGAUUAAACGUUGUUUCUUUUCACAGCUUUCUGCCCUUUCCACUCAAUAGGUUCUAUUUCUGAGCAUAGUCAAAGCUGGGCAUUCUUCUGCACUGACGUUUUAUAUUUGCAAUGUCGAUGCAGAUAAUUUCAACGACCGGCCUCAGGAUGAUAGUGUCGUAAUUGCAUUUCGAUUUAAGCUUGGUGCAUAUAAUAAUGAACAUGCUGAAGAGCUGUAUUUAGUUCUUGUUAGUUCCCGUUAUCUGCCCUCAUGCAGCUAUGUAUAAGCUUGAAUGUUAUUGUAUUAUAGAUUAUAUUGUUCUCUGUUAAGAACAAAUACAAUGUUAUCGAUAUCAUGGUCAUCAAACGUUCAAACAGUAAUGUUUCAAUGUUGGUUUCAUGUCAACGACAUAGUUAGUAGCGCCAUGAAGUAUCAAGAGAUAUGAAAACGUCCCUUGCUUUAUACUUUGCUAGCACUUAAAUCGGUCGUAGAAUAAGCCUGCAUAGAAAUACUGCAUGACUAAACAAAGUUAAAUAUCACCCGAUUAGUUCAUGUCACUAAACUUAUAGUGUGCAGUACUAUAAAUGGAUCAGGUAACCCUAGACAGGUUCUUUGUCGUGUAUAUCAUGAUAUUGUUGAAAGGCAAGCCAAAGUCUUGUUAAUAUGAGAGCAGUUUUGUAAGUACGAUAAAGAACAUAUACUAACGUAUGUAUAACCACAACAAAUGCUGACGCAUUAUUUUUUUACCAGUAGUAAUUAUAUAUUGGUAUCCUCACUACCUAAAGCAUUUGUACUAAAACUGCCAAUUGUCAGCUUUCCCCGCUGUCAGUCUUCAAGCUGGUGCUGCUAGUUCACGGUAGACCGUGGUAUGCUUAGAUCUUACUUCCUACACCCUCACGUUUUCACGAACGAUUUCAUGCUUUAUGUUACACCAGCAUAUAGGUACGAAUGUCGCAGAUAGUGUAAUACUUCAAGGAAUCUCAAACCUUUUAAAAAUCUGUGAUGAAUGUAUAUUGUUUCUUACUUUUUAUGUUAUGCAUGUAUAGUUUCAUGCUUGUAUAGUUUCAUGCUUGACCAUUUUGUAUAUUAUAUAAAUAUUUUUUGCUUAAAAUAAUAUUUAUGCUUCUGACUAUUUCAGAUUAUGUACCAGGAAAUAUAGAUUGUUUCAAAUGUAUUGAUAUAUUAAGUACUGGAACCCGUG